AUGGCUGUAUCUUUGAAUCUGCUGGUUCUGUUCUGCACGUUGAGGCUGGCGUGUUGCGUGACUUCACCUGUAUGGUUUCAGAACAUUUCCACGAGCCUGUUCAAUUUAUCUGGAGAUAUUAUGCUGGGUGGCCUCUUUUCCAUUAACCAGCUGACCAGCAACCUCAGCCAAAGGACCGAACCGAACGACAUCAGCUGUGAAAGUUUGAAUGAGCUUGAACUGGGACUUGCAGUGGUGAUGAAAUAUACGGUGGACGACGUCAACGCCAACCAAGCGCUGCUCCCGGGCAUCAAGCUGGGUUAUGAAAUUCAUGACACGUGCAAACAGACCGCCGUUGUUGUAAGGCCCACUAUCUCUUUCCUGACGGCAAAAAAUAGCGGCGAGCUGUCUGUGGAGUGCAACUACACUGACUACGAGACCAACGUGGUUGCUGUGAUUGGGCCCUUCAACUCUGAAAUGGUGUCAGUCAUUGGAAAACUUCUGGGAUUUUUUCUGAUGCCGCAGAUCAGCUUUGGCGCCACAAGCGACAAGUUCAGCGACAAGCGAGUCUACCCGUCCUUCUUCCGUACAGUACCCAGUGACACGUGGCAGAUUAACGGCAUCGUGCUUCUGCUGAAGGAGUUCGCAUGGAACUGGGUGGCGGUCGUGGGCAGCGAUGAAGAGUACGGCCAACAAGGCGCACAAGAGUUCACUAAAAAAGCCGAGACCACGUCGACAUGCGUGGCCUACCAGGGCAUGAUUCCAGUCUACACUGACCCCGUGAAAGCAGUCAAAAAUAUCGUCGAUAACAUCCAAGCCACCAAUGUCAAAGUGGUGUUGGUCUUUUCUCUUCCAGACCCAGCUGAGGUCUUCUUUAAAGAGGUUAUCAAGAGGAAAAUGAAGGGCGUGUGGAUCGCCAGCGCAAGUUGGGUCGUUCACAGUCGCCUGACAUCCAUCCCCGACAUCCAAACCAUCGGUACCAUCAUCGGAUUCACCUACAAAACGCAAACCCUGGAUCUGCUCCCAGCAUACACGGAGGCGCUCUUUACAAAACUGAGUGAGGAGAAGAAAACGUCCUCUGAUGCACCGACUCCCAACGAUCCCUGUCCGAAAUGUUGGAAUUUAUCACCUGCAAACAUGAGCUUAGUCAUGAACGCUGCAGUGCAGAGAGCGUCUUUUAGUGUGUAUGCCGCUAUCUACAGUGUUGCACAGUCAUUGCACAACAUGUUGGGAUGCAACACCACCACCUGCAAAUGGGAUGCCGAGACCAGAAUUCUUCCGUGGAAGUUGCUACGAGUGUUACAGAACACGUCUUUUGAUAUUAAUGGUAAACAUUUAGUCUUUGACAGUAGUGGGAACCCCAACAUGGGUUACGGCGUCAUCGAGUGGAUCUGGACCGACUCACAUUUGGAUUUUCGAGUUGUUGGAAGCUUUGAUGAAGACCUGUCGAUCAACAAGUCUCUUAUCAAAUGGCACACUGAAAACUCACAGGUCCCGGAGUCCACCUGUUCAGCAGCAUGUGGGAUCGGCCAAGUCCGCAGAGUCAAAGGCUUUCAUUCGUGCUGUUUUGAUUGCAUUGACUGUCUGCCGGGCACUUAUCAGGCCAAUAAAGAAGACAUCCAAUGUACCCCAUGCCCUAAAGGCCAAUGGUCACAGACUCUGAGCACUAACUGCACUGAACCAACCUUUGAUGUCUUGUCCUGGGACAAACCUGCCGCACUUCAUCUGGCACUGGGCGGGGCACUGCUGCUGCUGUGUCAGGUCAGCGUGGCUGUUGUGCUCCUGCGGCACUGGAGGACCCCCAUAGUCGCGGCCUCCGGCGGACCUUUGGCUUUUGUUGUGCUUUUCAGCCUGGUGGGAGCUUGCCUCAGCCUGGCGCUCUUCCUGGGUCAGCCAGGUGACGCGCUGUGUCACCUUCAGCUGCCCCUCAUCUCCAUUUUCCAAACCAUUGCCCUCUCUGUUAUCGCAGCCAUUUCACUACAGAUAUUCAUAAUAGCAGAGUUCCACGACAAGGCUGCCUCUCACCUACAGACACUGCGAGGUCCUGCUUGCUGGCUGUUUUUGAUCAUCUGCUGUGCCGUACAGGCCGGUUUCUGUGGCUGGUUCAUCCAAGAAGGGCCCUCACUCUCGAAGCAUGUGGCCCAUAUGGAAAUAAAUUUCCUGAGGGCUUUCUUGUCAUGCCCGGUGAUACCAAUGGUCGGACUGGCCUUGAUGCAAGGCCUCAACGUUUUAAUGGCCCUUAUGUCAUUCAUGUGCACCUUCAUGGCAACAAAACCUCCACACCAGUACUACCUUGCCCGGGACAUCACCUUUUCAACUCUAAUCUACUGCAUGAUUUGGGUGACGUUUAUUCCCAUCUAUAUGGGUAUGAAUGAAAGGAACAGGUAUACUAUUCUGAUUUCCUUUAAUAUGGUCAGCAACUUUGGACUAGUGGCAGCCUACUAUUUCCCAAAAUGUCACCUAUUGUUGAGGAAGCCGGAGCUCAAUACCUUGGAGUAUUUCUGCACUUUUUUGGAAGGUGCAAUGCCAGCGAAUGAGGACCCACAGCCUCAGCAAGCCCAUUAACAGCACUGUAUUCCACAUUUGUAAUAACAUCUAUUUGUAUGUGGCAAUUGCAUUAAUAUUAAUGUUACUGUAACCCUUUGUGUCCACUUUGUCAAUGUGUGAAA